AUCCAUCAUUUUCGGACCCACAGAGUCACCCCUGGCCACAACUUGAUCUUGAUAGUUGAGUUUUGUAAGAUGGAAGCCUCAAAGGCCUCGGAUCGCAACGGCUUAUUCAAUCACAUAUUUCUCCUGUAAAAUACCAUCACACCCCGAACCCCGCCACUCCGAUCCCGAUACGACGUCGUCCGGCAAUCAGUCAUAGAUUUCAUAGCUGAACCAGAACUAGACUUCAAACAGGCCACGUCAGCAAGUCAGUUAGUCGUUAGUUGCUGGGAUCGAGCGGGAGGCAAAAGGGAGGGAUUAUAUAAGUGCACCGAAGGUGUUUGAUAGAAUGUCGCUGAGAGAAAAGAUAGAGGCAGAGGCUUCAUUCAAGAUCAGCAAGAAAUACCCUUUCAUCUUCGCGGCACACUCAGGCGGAAAGAACGGAUGAAGAAUUUGAUGGCAUCUUUUGAAGCGGUGGCUGGCAAUGAACCUGGGAAUAGCAGUAGCAGAGAGGAGCCAGUGCAAAGCAGUGAUGCUAUGAGGAAGCCUCGGAUUUUACUUGCUACUACUGGAAGUGUAGCUGCCCUAAAGUUUGUCAGCCUCUGCCAGAUUUUUUCUCAAUGGGCGGAAGUAAAAGCAGUUGCCACAAGAGCAUCUUUGUGUUUCAUUGAUCGAGCAUCGCUUCCAAAGGAUGUGAUUAUUUACACUGAUGGGGAUGAGUGGGCCAGUUGGAGGAAAAUUGGAGAUAGCGUGCUUCACAUCGAGCUUAAAAAAUGGGCUGAUAUCAUGGUUAUUUCUCCAUUGUCAGCAAACACACUAGGCAAGAUUGCUGAGAGAUUGUGUGACAAUCUACUCACCUGUCUUGUAAAUGCAUGGGACUGGAAAAAGCCUUUGUUUGUUGCGCCAGCCAUGAACGCCUUGAUGUGGAGCAAUCCCUUCACCGAGCUACAUGUGAUGUCUAUUGAUAACCUAGGAAUUUCACUCAUCCCACCUAUCCGUGGUGAAAUGGCUGAGCCUUCUACAAUCAACUCCACUGUAAGACUCUUUUACGCUCACAAAUUCAACAGGGUUGCUGCAUUGGAUGCACUACAAGACAAUUCUCUGAGGAAGCCACGGAUUCUACUCGCUGCUAGCGGGAGUGUAGCUGCCAUAAAGUUUGCUCACCUCUGCCAUAGUUUCUCUGGAUGGUCAGAAGUAAGAGCAAUUGCCACAAGUGCAUUAUUUCAUUUCAUCGAUAGAGCAUCACUCCCCAAGGAUGUAAUACUCUACACCGACGAAGAAGAAUUGUCCAGAUGGAACACAGAAUAUGAUAGUGCGUGUCCCAUUUAUCUUCGCCAUUGGGCUGAUAUAAUGGUUAUUGCCCCAUUGUCAGCAAACACACUAGCCAAGAUUGCCCGGGGAUUGUGUGACAAUCUACUCUCCUCAGUUGUAUAUGCAUGGGAUCACAACAAGCCUUUAUAUGUUGCACCGGCCAUGAACGCCAUGAUGUGGAACAAUCCUUUCACAGAGAAACAUUUGAAGACGAUUAGGGAUGAACUCGGAGUUAAACUUAUCCUUCCUCGUACAAAGAAUGGUGCAAUGGCUGAAAUUGAUGUGAUUGACGGUUUUGUGAAAGACCGUUUACUAGGCAAAAUUUGAUUUGCACCGUACUACUGUAGAAUUAGGCAGGUGCAUGUAAUGUGUUUUGGUAUGUGGAACCAGGCGAAACGAAUCUGCAGUUGUAAUUGGGAUUGAUUACUUGGUUUCAGGUUGUGAUCACUUUCUGCUUCGGUCCUAAAUAUGUUUCCACUCCACAUAUCAGAAGAAAAUUUUUCUGAUCAGUUUGAAUGGUAGUUGUGUACUGCAAUAUAUGGUCCUUUAAUUCUCAAA